CCUUGACCACCUGACCGUUAUCGUUCUUUUUUUUUCAAGGUUGAGUGAAAUUAAAGAUCGGGUAUGAUAUUUGGUUAGCACAGUAGUCUUGUAUUGAAAUUUCAGGAAGCUACUUAAGGUUGCAGGAGUAACCCGGAGUGAUAAACCUACACUAUGGCCUGACGAUUUGACCUAGUAGGACAGGCAACUGGGACAACACGUCUGUCGACAGCUUCCCAUAAGAGGAGCUCCAAGGCACUUUUUUUAUACCGGAAGUAAAGCUGAGGUCGUCAUGGGGAGCAAAGUCAGCUCCAAAAUGGCUGCUCCCACUGCCCGAGUUAUUCAGGCUGUUCGGCCUCACACUCCCCUAAUCAAGUUCCCUAAAAGACAAGACAUGCUGAGGCCCAACGCCCAAGAGGCACUGAAAAUGAUAGCAAUUAGCCCCACAUCACACGACGCUGCAGGUCCCCCAUCAGCUGCAGCGCCGCCUCCAUUAUCAAGACCCCAUGUACCUGUGACCCCAAUUCCUGGCACACCAGACACCCUGGCCUCUAUUCAGCUAAUAACUGCAAGGUACCGCAGGAGACCGUUGACAAUGGAUGAAAUGGAAUUUAUCCAGCGCGGGGGACCAGAAUGACAUGGAGGUACUUGACCACCGCAGCCAAAGUCCUUAUGUGUUGGAGAUCAGUAUGUGUCUUUCAUUCUGUUCCUCGGCACAAGAGAACCUAAUGCCACAUGAGACAACAUGUAGAAUAAACCAUUACAUAAAUCCUGUUAAAAUGUACAUAUGUUUAUUUUUUAGAUAUUAGAUCUUUAUUGUAUGUUAAGUUCAUAUUAAGGGAUAGUCAUUGUAUCACACACAGCAAAGCCAUAGCAACAGCUAUUAGAUUUUUUUAAUUUGCUGUGCUGUCAAUGCAACUAUUCCUUGCAGGGUUUUUUUUUUUUUCUCCAGCUCAUCUCGACAUAUUCCUGGUUUUUGUCAUAUAAUUUGUUUGGGCUACACUUGCAAUACGACCAUAACCAAAUCCAAGAAUAAGACUCUCAUACAUGAAAGGAAAUAUUCAGAUGGUUCCUUUUCAUUUUCAUGCCUUUCACUGCAAUACACUGACUUGUUUUUGUCAGUGAAGAGAUGGAUGUCAGAGACUGAAGCCACUGAAUAAAAAAAGGUGUUGAGUUCAUGUGAACUACUGGAUUGAAGUGAUUAAACAUAUUAUAUUUUAA